AUGCCUGGUUUUUCGGAUUCAUUCUGGACGCCCGACUAUGCCACCGGGCUGGGGGUGUUGUAUGGCAAGUUACAGCAGGGUGUGGUGGAAAAUAAGCAGAUCUUGACCAUUGCCUCGAUGCGCGCAGAUGCGGAGGAGCAGUAUGGUCUUCGCAUGGGCGACAUUGCUCCAAGUGUCGAUCGCUUGACGGGAGCUGGGUUUGGCAAGGAUGAUGGGGCCAGUGUUCGCAAGGCAUAUGAAGGCGUCCGCACUGAGAUGAUCGAAGCCUCGCGGAACCAUCGCAAGAUUGCGAACAAUAUCCGCGAAUUGGUCGUUUCGCCUUUCCGACGCUGGAGCGAUGGGCAUGAUAUGCGUGUCCAGCAGUCGCAAGAUAGUCUUCAGUAUCGCAUCAAGGAGCACACGAAACAAGUUGAGCUAGUCCAGAAACUGCGCAGCCAAUAUUUCAACAAGUGUCGUGUGGUUGAGGACCUCGAAGAGGAGAAUAAGCUCGCUUUCCAAGCGCCCGAGGCGAGCCCCCCGUCAAGACGCCGAAGCUUGUCCUGCCUACUGCUGAGGAGGAGCCCGAGGAGGAACCCGUGGAAUUGGCUCGGCGAUGCGAAGGUGCCCAUCAUCGGGACUUAUCAGAACACCUCAACGGGCGCGGAUAUUGUGGAGUAUAUCCAGGCGAAUAUGAAUGCGCAUGGUCUUGCGCAGGCGGAGAGAAUUGGCCAGGAUCUGGUGGACAAUGGCUUUCUUCGCUUGGUCGGCAACAUGGGCAACGUCUUUGCCAAUAGCUCUAAGAUGAACUAUCAGUGGCGAUCCAAGGUCUUCCAGCUCACCGGCAUUCCAGAGAAGAAAAAGCCUCUGUUGCGUGUGACGUCCAUGGCAGCAAGCGAAGACGGCAGCGAAUCACCAAUCCAGUCUGUUUCGGAUAUUCUGAAUACCUGGAAUCCGCUCAACAACCCAUAUCCGAACGAAACGCCCGCCGAGAAGUUGCGGAGAGAGUCUCUGGAAGCCGAUGAGCGGUACAAAGCCGCUGUGCGGAGACUCGACCAGAUCCGGUGCCGUCUGGAAGAGGAGGUCGUUGAGAACCUCCGCUUCAUGGAGCAGUGCGAGCUGGACCGCCUCAAGGCAAUCAAGGCCGUGGUCCUUGACUUUUCUGGGGCGAUCAGCAACGUCAUUCCUAAUCUCCAGAGCACCGUCGACCACAUGCUGCUGUACCAAGAGACGAUCCAGCCCCUGGCAGAUCUGCGAUAUUUACUGGAGAACUAUCGAACAGGUGGCUUUGUCCCUCGUGUUCAGGCGUACGAGAACUACUAUGGCUCCGUUGAAGAUCAAAACUUUGGUGUCGACCUUGAAGCCAGAGCCCGCACUGACCGCAAGCGUGUCCCAAUCUUGGUGACAACCUUACUUACCUACCUCGAUAACCGCUAUCCCGAACUCGAGGGUGAUGAAGCACGACGGGGCAUCUGGCUUCAUGAUGUCCCGCUAGGACAAGCGCACCGCCUGCGGAGCAUUUUAAACAACAGCAAAGUGGACUACCGGGAGGAGCUGCCCAGAUACGAGAUACCCGUUGUUGCGAGCGUUUUGAAACUUUAUUUGCUUGAAUUACCAGACUCUCUCGUCUCUUCGCAAGUCUACGAAAUCGUGAAAACAAUCUAUUCCACCACCGCUCACGAGACCACGGAAGAAGGACGCAUUAAGGUCCUCCAAAGCACUUUGGGACAGCUCCGCCUCGUCAACAUUGCCACACUUGAUGCCAUCAUGACCCAUUUCACGCGACUGGUCGACCUGACGUCGGCCGACGACAAGUACAUCUCCACUCUGGCCCAAACACUGGCCCCCUGUAUCUUGCGACCUCGCACAGAGAACAGCUUGACCAUGGACGAGCGUCACAGCUUCCGGCUGAUUCGGGAUCUAUUCGCCCACAAGGAAGCCAUCUUCGGUGAGCUGAAGCGCCAGUCCAGUGCAAUGGGGACCUCCAUCUCUUCCCCGCGGCCUCGCGCGAUCAGCACAGACGAGAGCAACCGCCGCGCAGCUAUGGAGGCCCGCCAGCGCGCUAUCGUCAAUCGCAGCCGAGCCACCAGCCCCGCUGCUCGCCAACGACACCGUCGUGAUCGCUCCAGCGGCGCAUCCGAGUCCACCCGCUUCCCCAUAAACGUCUCCAGCCCUCCGGGCAGACACAACGUGCGCGGCGGCAGUUUAGAUGUGCCCAACAGCGCCACCCCUUCUGAACCAGAUGACAACAGCUCUCCAACCGUGAAUGUCCAAGCCGCUGCCGAAGCAGCCACCACCAACGGCGCGUCUGUCGACUCCCCAGCCUCAACAACCGGAGCCCCCGCCAGCACCGUGUCGGAGUCCUCCAGCUCCCCUCCUCCACCAGAGACCGCCUCCGACGGUUCACCCACCCCAACCCCAACACCAGCACCCACCUCCGGCGAGUUCGACAAGCGCAACUCCAUCCCCCGCUCGGUCGGUGCUCGCUACACCCGCAAGCCCGGUCUCGGCAGCCUGUCUAGCUUCCCGACUGGCGCGGGCGUCAACUCCCCCGACACGGAUAGUAAGCGGAAUAGUCUUGCGGAGAGUGAGCCCAAGGGCGUGACUCUGGAGGACAAGCCCAUGGAUGAUUAA